CUCUAAGUAUGAAAUAUCCCUGUUGCCUUUAUAUCAUCAGAAAUUUUGCUUGAUUUUUCCACUCUUGCAACAGAGACAUAUAUUCCCACCUCCCAAUCUUUUCCAUGCCCGAGCAAUCACGCAAGCAGAGGCAUAUAUAGUACAACAUUGUAUUGUCCGUACAAUAGUCUUCGUCGCAGGAACAUGGGACGCCAUUCGUGCUGCAUAAAACAGAAAUUAAGGAAAGGCUUAUGGUCUCCUGAAGAAGAUGAGAAACUUUUCAAUUACAUAACAAGAUUUGGUGUUGGUUGCUGGAGUUCUGUUCCUAAACUAGCUGGAUUGCAAAGGUGUGGAAAGAGCUGCAGAUUGAGAUGGAUAAACUACUUGAGACCUGAUUUAAAGAGAGGAAUGUUCUCACAACAGGAGGAGGAUCUAAUCAUCAGUCUUCAUGAAGUUCUUGGCAACAGGUGGGCUCAAAUUGCUGCACAAUUACCAGGAAGAACAGACAAUGAGAUAAAAAACUUCUGGAAUUCAUGUUUGAAGAAGAAGCUAAUGAAGCAGGGGAUUGACCCGACCACCCACAAGCCAAUAAGCGAAUUAGCUGAACAAAAAGAUGAGAAAAAAUGUACAGAAACAUCAUCUUUACACAUCCCACAAUCUCUAGGACUCCCAUCUGUCUCAACCAUAACUUCCCAGAGUCCAGCAUUUCUAGUUGAUGACUCCAAUUUCUGUGAUGGAGGAUUAACAGAAGCUUCAAGAGAGCAUUUCAUGUACAAGCCUGUUUUUGAUCCAAUGUCAUAUUUUGAGUUCCAAGCGGUUGCGGAUUCAAAUGGGUACAAUUCAUCAACUUUUGUUCCUCAGCAUCAGAAAAAUUAUCAUGAGACAUAUUCCAACUAUGGAUUCAGUUCAAUGCCGAGUCUGACAAAUUCCGACCAUGGAAACUUGUCCGGAACAGAGUUUUCUGAUAACUCUGCUUCAAGAAUGAGCUCAUUUUUUAUGAAUGAUGUGAAGGAAAAUUCAAGCAACAGCUCAAACUUAAGCAGCUAUGCCGGAUUCCAGGUGAACAAUAUGGUAGAAAAUAAUGCAGUCUUCUCAUGGGAUGAAGAGAACAAGCUAGACUGUUUGUUUCAGUAUCAGGUCAAUGGGAUAAAAUCCGAGGAAUUGAAGGCAAGCUCUUGGCAAGAUCAAGAUCAAGGUCAGCUUCAUGCUCAAAAUUCAGUAGAUUUCAGUAGCUAUCCGUCAACGUCGCUGUCAGAAGAUCUAGCAGGAGCAAAUUUUGAUGUCUUCCAGCAGAUAUGAACUGUAAAUUUUCCUUUUUUUUUUUACUUUCUCCCUACAUAAACAAAUACACAGAAAGAUGUUGAUAUUACAGGGAAUUUCACCUGAAAGUUUGAGAUGAAGUACGUUUUUUUUUUGGUUUCCUAGGAGAUAAUAAUCAUUUAGCUGAUAUUUCU